ACUGCAACCUAAAAGGGUAGAAGUAAAGUUUUUCCUCCCAACACAGACCACAAAGAUGAUGUCUUCAGUCUUCUAUGCCUUUCAUUUUUUUGAAAGAAAAUCUUAUUGAGCUCACUAAUUUGGAGGAUUGUUUUGCCUUUAGUGGAGGAAAAAAAACCCUUUCCUUUAUCCUUAGGUUAAGUGCCUAGGACCUGCAAAUUAACAGAAGAAAAGUAUACAAAUUUUAUUUAAUGAAGGAGAACAUAUAUAACUUGGUGCAUUGUCUGGAAUCACAUGGUAAGUCAAAAAUGGCAGAACUCUUUAUGGAAUGUGAAGAAGAAGAGUUGGAACCCUGGCAGAAAAAAGUAAAAGAGGUUGAGGAUGAUGAUGAUGAUGAUGAGCCGAUCUUUGUUGGAGAGAUAGCAAGUUCAAAACCAGCAAUUUCAAAUAUUUUAAAUAGAGUAAACCCCAGCUCAUAUUCAAGAGGAAUAAAGAAUGGCGCACUCAGUCGGGGUAUUACUGCUGCAUUCAAGCCUACAAGUCAACACUACACGAACCCAACAUCAAAUCCAGUGGCUGCCUCGCCAGUAAAUUUUCAUCCUGAAUCUAGAUCUUCAGAUAAUUCUGUUAUUGUUCAGCCUUUGUCUAAACCUGGUUACAUAACAAACUCAUCACGAGUUGCAUCUAGUAAUUCUACAGAGUUGCUGUUUGACUUGACCCAGGAUACAGGAUUAUCACAUUACCAAGGGGGACCGACACUUUCUAUAACAGGUGUGAAUGAAAGUUCGUUAUUUCCAAAACGUCCUUGUACUUCUGAAGUAAUCAAUGUUAAUCCAAAAAAGUCUAAGCCCAGUGAAAGUGUUUCUGGAGCAAAUUCCUCAGCUGUAUUUCCUUCAGCUAAGUCUCUUUCAGUGACAUCUCCCCAGGCUAUGUCAUCAAAAGGUACAAAUAACUCAUCAAAUCAAUCUAAAAAUGGAACACCUUUUCCAAGAGCUUGUCCAAAGUGCAAUAUUCAUUUCAAUCUUUUGGAUCCUUUGAAAAAUCACAUGAAGGUAAAACUUUUCAAAGUUUGAUUUUGAAAAGGUUUGCAAAUCCCUAAAAAUGUUGAUUUAUAGUAAUUAAUGGUUCAGUUAUUUAGAUAAGAAAUUUACUAUUGAUAUUUCCAUAUAACGUAGAAAUUUAUAUGCAUAAUGAUUAUUUUCAUAGAAGAUUUUAGAAUUCCUUCUGAAUCAUUAAAUUUAAAAAAUUAAGUUCAUAUACAUCAUAAUGUACUAG